AUGGCGACGGAAGUGGCGAGACCGGCGCCGAGGCCUACCAUGCCCACGAUAACGCAGUCCAAGAGGCCUAUACUUAUUUACCCCACUGUGUCGCCGGAGAGCAUAAUCGUGCCCAUAGUCUCCUGCAUACUGGGCUUUCCAAUACUGGCGCUGCUGCUCAUUUGUUGCCUCAGGCGGAGGGCUAAGCUCGCCAGGGCUCGCGCCAGGAGACGCAACUGCGACGUGGAGCACGGGGCGCUCAGCCUCGUGAGAUUCAGUCCGGUGCAUCGGCUGGCUGGAAUAGAGAAGCCUCCUAAAGCCAUGCCCAUACGAGCCGAUCGAGGAUCUCGAGCGUUUGCCGCUCUUGAACUGGACACCGUCCUGGAAGAGCGCUCCGACCCCGAGAUGAGCACUGCGGUCGAGCUCAGUAGCCCUGAAUAA